AUGGCACCAUCACAAGAUACAUCCUUCUCUGCCCAUGUGGCAAAUCAGUUCACCUCCUACGAGAAAGACCGCCAAUCGACUUCCAAAGAUGUCCUAUAUGCUGCCAGCAAUGGCAUGCCCACUGCACACCCAUACGAGACACAGAGAGCUGGCGAGAAUGGUCCUCUCUUACUUCAAGACUUUCAUCUGAUUGAUUUAUUGUCACACUUCGACCGAGAACGUAUUCCAGAGCGUGUCGUCCACGCUAAGGGCAGCGGUGCUCAUGGCUUCUUUGAAUGCACAAACCCUGCGGACGAUCUCACAAUCGCUGAUAUCUUCAGCGCAAAGGGUAAGAAGUGUCCCGUCACCGUUCGCUUUUCUACAGUGGGUGGCGAGUCUGGCUCUCACGAUUGUGCUCGCGAUCCUAGAGGAUUCUCCGUGAAGUUUAGAACUGAGGAAGGUAAUUGGGACCUGGUUGCCAAUAACACACCCGUAUUCUUUCUCCGAGACCCUGCCAAGUUUCCUCACUUCAUCCAUACUCAAAAGCGAGACCCUCAGACGCAUCUCACCCACGCCGACGAUUCUACGAUGUUUUGGGAUUAUUUGUCUCAAAACCCUGAGUCCAUUCAUCAAGUUAUGAUUCUCAUGGGCGAUCGAGGCAUCCCUGAUGGGUACCGCUUCAUGCAUGGUUACUCUGGCCAUUCUCUCAAGUUCAUCAACAAGUCUGGAGACUGGGUUUAUACUCAAGUUCACUUCAAGUCUCAACAGGGUACCAAGUUCUUGACCCAAGAGGAAUCGGGCACAAAAUCUCCAGAUUACUCGCAGAAGGAUUUGUUUGAGGCGAUCCAACAAGGCGAUUAUCCUAAGUGGUCUGUCGAGGUGCAAACCAUGACACCCAAGGAAGCCGAAGACUUGUGGGAGAAGCAAGGCAUCAAUGUCUUUGACUUGACUCACGUUUGGCCACAGAAGCAGUUUCCUCUCCGCAAGAUUGGAGAAUUUACUUUGAAUGAGAAUGCUGUCAAUUACUUUGCCGAGGUGGAGCAAGUAGCAUUCAAUCCUGCUCACAUGCUCCCUGGAAUUGAGCCAUCUGCCGAUCCUGUUCUUCAAUCCCGUCUCUUCUCCUAUCCAGACACACAUCGCCACCGCAUCGGCGUCAACUAUCAACAACUGCCUGUCAAUGCUCCUCGGACUGGCUAUCAACUCGGCAACUUUCAGCGUGAUGGUUCCAUGGCAUUCUACAACCAAGGUGCCCGACCAAACUAUCUCUCAUCCAUCGACCCUAUUCAAUUCCGUCCUCGCCCUGUCGACCUUGACAAGACUCACGGCCAUUUUCAAGGAAACGCCGUGACAUUCUUGUCCAUGAUCAGGCCUGAGGACUUCGUUGCACCUCGCGCACUAUGGGAGAAAGUUUUCGAUGAUGGAGCCAAGGAACGUUUCAUCAACAACGUCGCCGGCAAGAUGGAGAUGUGCAAGGGCCAAGAGAUCCUCAAGCGACAGAUCGCCAUCUUCCGCGAGGUUUCUCCCGAUAUUGCCCAGAGGUUGGAAAAGGCUACUGGUAUUAAAGGAUAUGCCGGAAUCAAAGACAUGAAGUUCAAUGGUACUCACAAUGGUUUCAGCAGUGAUGCCUCCAUCAAAUACGCAAAUGGUAUUUCUGCGACUGGCAACUCUUCCGGAAAUAAGAAUGGCGCUCCAAUAAAAGGAAGUCACAGUGGCAUCGCAGUCGCUUAG